ACAGCAAAGAAAGUGCAGAACUACCACUAGGAGGGACGCUAUGGAAGACCACAUAAGUUGAUCUAGUCUAUAGGAUGGUAGCACACAGCAAGGUGGAAGCAGAUAAUGCAGUUGCAGACAGAAGAUCUCAACGCCUGGAAGCCUCAAACACAGAUCGUUCCCAAAUCCUGCCUGCCAGAGCCAUCCAUAACAGCCCAGGACAUCCUCUUCCUGUAGCACAGCUUUGUGAUACACAUUUUAGAACCUUCCGCUCUCAGUCGGAUUUCAUUAUUAUUACCAAGACCAGCAGUAUGCUGGAUAGUUGUGGGUUUUACUGGGGACCGAUGAUGGUGAAUGUGGCACACGAAAAACUAAGGCAGGAGCCUGUGGGCACUUUCCUUAUCAGGGACAGUAGACAGAAAAACUGCUUUUUUGCCAUCAGUGUUAAAACAGUUUCAGGACCCAUCAGCAUCAGGAUCCACUUUCAGGCUGGGAGAUUCAGUCUAGAUGGCAGCAAAGAAUCUUUCAACUGCCUUUUUCAGCUAGUGGAACAUUAUUUACUUUUUCCUAAAAAUAUGCUUUCCUUUCCUUUAAGGAAGGUCAGAUUAAGGCCUCUGCAAGAACUCUGUCGAAAAAGCAUAUUGGCAACAUUUGGGAGACCGAACUUGGACAGAAUCCCAGUCAACAGAGUGUUAAAAGACUAUUUGAAGUCUUUCCCAUUUCAGAUAUAAUACAGGGCAUUAACAACAAACAUGAAAAAACAGGGACAAAAGUGUUGUAUACUCAUUUUUCUGGGAUUAUUUUUUUAUCUUAUUUAACAGUUGUCAAAUUUAUUUUUGUAGCAAUUUAUCUGUAUUUUGGGAUAAAACUUGAACACUCAGUUUUUAAUGUUUACAAAACCAGAUUAUUUGCACAAGC